AGUGGUGGUGAUUGUGGUGAUGAUUCAUGGUAAGGGCCGUGGUGCUGAUAAUGGUAAGGGUGUGGUGGACGUGGUGGUGGUAAGGGUCACGGUAGUUAUGAUGGAGAGGAUGCCAGUGGUCAGAGAUAUUGAUAUUGUGGCGUUGUUAAGACGAUGAUAAGGUGAACAAUGGUGCAAAGAGUGGUGAUUGUGGUGAAAGCCAUAUUUGUGGUUCUGGAGUGGAUGACGGUAAUUAAAAUAAUGACGGCGACAAUGGUGAUGUUGGUGGUGAUGGUUAAUAUGAUGGUAGUAAGGGUGAUGGUAACGUGCAGCAUUGUCCGAGAUGACAAUUUACAUUUACAAGUGGACAUUACAUGCGAGCGGGUGAGAGGUGAAGCUCUUUAAAGCAAUCAAUAUCUUCUAAAGAAAAUCAUUGGAAAGUGAAGUAGGCGAUACACGUUUCAUGGUUUGAUUUGAUGUUGAGGGGAAGUGGAAUUGUGUUUGGUGCCCUGCACCGUUAAACCUAGUUAUCUCAGUUUGAUUCCUGGCCAAAGCGAACAGCAAUUCCGAAUGGUAUCAGAACCUAUCCUGGGUGCCCACCCAAAUCUUCACCAGCCCUCAGUGGCCAGCCAAGGCAAGAAGUCUUCGGUGAAGGAUGCUUCAUCCGCGGGGAAGGAUGGAGUCCCAAAGAAAAGCAGCAGUGUCAAGACCAGGAAGCCAAGGCCGGCUUCUGCUGUCAUGGAGACGCCCCCGUCAUCGGAGGCCUCAUCCAAUCCGAAGCCUCGGCCGUCGUCCAUGAUUGGCUCCCGGAGUCUCUCGGUGAAUAAGACUGUGGGACGUCCCGGAAAAGCUGACACUUCGGGAGCCGUCGCCCUCGAGGGCAAUCAAAGGAAGUCCUCUGUGAGCAAAACACCAUCCUCCAAGAGCGAGAUUAAACCAUCCAUCAAGAAACAGCCAUCGUCCUCCCCAGCCCCUUCCAAAGCUGCUGGAAAAUCAACCAAAGACAAAGCCAGCUCCAUGAAGAUCAAGAAAUCUUCGCAACCUUCCCCGAAGGUGUCCUCAACGAGCUCCUUACCCCCAAAGCCUGCCAAAAAACUCACGAGCAAGCCUGUCGCAGCCAGCGUGGCGGAUGACCUCAAGGUGAAGCCAGAGCAAGGCCCAGAGGUGAAGUCGGAUCAAGAUCGGAUCCAAGAGAUCGCCCCUGAAACACAUGUCGAUGAUGCUGAAGUCAAUGACGAUGCAGCCGACAUGAAGGAGGCUUGUGGAGAGGAGGUGCGGGGAGAGGAAGUUCGUGGCGUGAAAAUCGCUGAGGCUGUUGAGGAGAUGGAGGCUGGGGUCCUUGUGGAGGAGGCUGGGAGUCUUGACUCUGUUCCACCACUGGCUCGCGUCGUGUCUGAAGUCCACGCUGAUUCCGAAACGGACGAGAGUGUCCCCGAGGCAGAGGCUAAGGAUGCAGAAGACUGCGAAGAAAUGGACUGCAGGGAGGACAAGAUGAAAACGGAGGACGAGGAUGAUGAGGAGGAUGAAGACGACGAUGACGAUGAUGACAUGUAUGAGCGGGAGGAGGCAUGUGAGGAGGCGGCGGAAGAGGACAUGGAUGAGUGCGACACGCAGCGCGAUGAUCCUGACACGGAGGCCUGUGAAAAGGAGAAGGAGGCUGAGGAAAAGGAGCAAAUGAGCGACGAUGACGAAGACGACGAUGAAGACGAUUCUGAUGACGACGAGGAUGACAUCUUCUGUCAGGCAACGCUGAUUGUGAAGCCGAACGCACAAGGCAGUGGAAAAAGGGAGGGGCUGUGCCUGGCAGAGAUCGCGAGCAAUGAGAUCAUGGUGAGACGCAAGCCCAGGAGCCCCUCGCAGGAGAUCCCGAGCCCCCAGAUCGUGUGCGAGGAACGCCUUGUGCAGUACGUGCUCUGCGAAAAUCCUGGCCCGGAGAAGACCAUGAAGGACAACUCGAACAGCAUGCUGAAGAGGGCCGAGAGCUUUGGGGAGAGGGACAAGGAAGGCCGCAAGUCACCGCAGAACAAGUGGGAGAAGGACUGCUGCGAGAAGGAGCUGAGCAUGAAGCAGGACAUGACGGAGGACGCGUCUUCCUCGGACGAGUCGACGGCUCGUGACGAGGACGACCUCCCCACAAUGACCGUGGAGCCAUGCAAGAUCAAUGUGACGGUCAACAUGCUCCACCAGGAGCUGACCAACGGCGGCGGGAAAUCAGGGCGGCUGCUGCUGGACCUUGUUCACUCGGAAGACGACGACGAGUGGGUCGACCUGUCCAACGAGACCUUCGAAGACUACGAGCAGUACGUGAGCGACAAGGCUGCGGGCCACGGCCUCACCGAGUUUGACAAGAUCCUGGUCGAGCCCGACUCCUCCGUCGCACCAGAAAGGGCCGUGGAAGCGACGACGAGCGAUGGCGAUGCAGCCACGCCAUCUCGCGGGGUUGCGGCUCUCGAGGACCGGGCCUCCGCCGUGCCGAUUGUCGCCGUGGGCCGGGUUCGCCCGCCCAAGCCGCCGGGGCCACACUUCCCGGGAGAAGCCGGUAACUACGUGAAGCUCGGGGCGCGGUUCCAAGACACGACGGCAUCGGGCGACGACAUUUCCGAGAUGGCGGGCGGGCGCAGGUUCGUGGCUCGAUCGCCCGAGGCGGUGGCUGAGCGGCCCGUGGUGGAGGAGGAGAACGAGGUUGGCCCCAAGGUGGGCCCAGUCUUAGGCAAUGGCUGUCUGUCCCAGCAGCCCUUGGGCAUGGGGUUGGCAAAGGAGAAAGUGUUGGGCACGUCUCUCAACGUGCAGCCCAAAGUCCACGCCGACUUCUGCCCUCCUCACAGCAACGACCCAACGCUCUUCAAGAUCCCCGGAGCCAAUGGGAAGUUGCCUGAAAAGAUCCCCCUCAACGGCUCAAAGGAGAGCAGCAGCAUUUUUUCAGUGUGCCUCGGUGGAAACUGCCAGAAGGUGUUCCCCUGGGGUCCUCCCUGCAAAGCUCCCAUUUGAGUCCUACUCCGAUGAUCUGUGGUGAUAAUGAUGCGGUGAUAAUGAUAAUAAAUAAAAUACAAAUGAAAGCUUAAGUCAAUGAAUUUACAUUAUUAAGUAAACCCAUCAUGUUCAACGGCUGCCGGUUGUCUCCUCGGUUCAUAUGCACUGGGCUGUUUCUCUCCUUUAUCUCCCUUUGAUGCCGUUAUUGCCCCGACAACCUUACGUAUCGGCGUUGCGCUCUCUACCAGUAAUACUUCAAUCGGCAUUUACAAAUCUGUGCUAACGAGAUAAAGCCCAAGGGGGAACGGGGAGGAAGCGCCGAACGGGCCAGUAUAAAACACAGCGUAAAUAUAUAUGUAUCCGUUGUCGUGAGCGUGUUAGUGUCUCACUCUUGCCAUCAUGCUUAGAGGAAAACAGCACGGGACAUCCGUCGUCAUCAUCGUGGCGUGUGGGCCAGUGUUCACGGUCAAUGUACAGCGCAUGGCUUUUGGCAUUGAUGCUCCCGCCCAUCAGCUGUGCAGAGGCCAUAUCCGCUCAGAUGCUUGCGCAAGCGUGAAGUGUCGAAGUGUCCCAGCUCAUGGCCAGCUGUGACAACGGAUUUACAAGAUGUGUGUCGUAUACUGCUUGAAUCCUCGAGGAUUUAGAACACACGUGGCAAAAAUGUGCCAAUGGGGAUUUAUUUCCAUUGCUGACUCAUAGGCUCAUUUAUUUGUGAAUUAUUUAUGAGCUGCGUUUGCAUUAUUUAGUUCACUUGGUGACUUUUACGGUGACAGUUUUUUUCAUAUUUUUGUUGCUUGGCAACAAGUGUUCCAUCAUAAUGGACCAUUUCAGAUGACGGGCUUUUUCACAAUACUUCAGUGUUCAAACACACUUUAUAUUUUCUAUCGUAAAAAAAAAUGGUAUGAUUUAUUAACUUAAUCAUUGCGUUAUUUAUAUUUACAUGUGCUGCGGUUGCAUUUUGGAAAUACAUUGUUUGCCUUGAAGUUGUUGUUGUCCAGAGAGAUUGUUUUUUGUAAGAAAUGUGUCCUUAUCACCGACAGCAGUAAGAUAUCAAGUCCAAAAAAGACUCAUCUCAAUGUUAAAACACUGUGUUUAUCUUUCAAUGGUAAACCUCAUUUUAAAGGGCCAACCUUUGGGUCACUGUGCCCUGAGCAACAUAUAAAACUAAAUGCAUCCCCCCACAACCAUAUUUUCUUUAUGUUACUCGACAGCCGAGUAAGAUAACGAAAGUCUCAGGACUCAUUUUGAGGAUGAACUGGUUCUGGGAUGACUGACGGAUACGAGCGGCGAAUACUCAAACUCGAAACGGCUGGAACAGAAACCUCAUUGCUGUACUGCCUGCGAUUGGCCGUAUGAUUAUUUACAGUUGGGCACACUGUAUGAAAGAAAUUUUUAUAAUUCUGGUAUCCCCUUCACACAUGCUGGCUGUUAAAAUCAGCUUUCCCAAUUGUCUAGCCAAGUAAUCAUUUGUAUAGAGAUUCCUCUACUUACGAACAAGUUAGAUUGCAGGGGUCUGUUCGUAUGUCAAACUUCUGUCGAUUCCAAACAUGUUGUACGGCAUGUACACUAAACACAGGGAACGGCUUUAAAAGUUGUAUGAUCUCCCGUAGAUGUAGAUGCCACUGGUUCUUCAUGUUCCGCAGAUGUAGAUGCCACCACCGCCAUCUAUUGCACGGCGGUUGAACUUACGACUCUCGGUCCGAACAAGCAACUGGACAUACAGACAGGUUUGUUCGUAUCUCGUUCGUAUCUCUGAAAGUUCAUACGUCGAAUGUUCGUAAGUAGAGGAGUCUCUACGUAUUGUACAGCACAGAGACGCGUGGGUAGAGUCCUGGACUCCUCGCUAAGGGACAGCUUUGCGAGAGCCCAAGUGCCAGUUUUUGGGGACCAGCUCAUUCUCUCACCCCCUCUCCAGGGUUGAUCAAAAUUAUCACCAAUUUUUUUAGGGAACUCAACAGCGGUUAAUCCUUUGGAGGGACUGCCCUUUGCCGUGGAAAAGUGAAAUUUUGUUUACCAUUGACGCGGAGCCGCCAAAAGAAACGAGUGCCAUCCCAUUGCUCAUUUGAGCAGGGAAACUGAUUUGUCUUACGUGAUAUGACUUACACACUUGACCUGACUUACACACUCGACUUACACACUUGACCUGACUUUUCCACACCAGACGGUUCAGUGAUUUUUCUUCUUGGACAGGUGAACAGGAGACGGUGGCAGCCCACAUUGUACACAUCCCCCGUUGUGCACUGCACCUUUGUAAAGCUUUAAUGCAGCCACUGCCCUCUACAUUUCACUGCAUGCCCCCCCCCCCGCCACACGCCUCUCCCCCCCCCCCCGCCCGCUGUGACCAAAGGUCAGCCUCGUGGCCAUUGUAGAGCCGCGUUUGUGUUCGUGUUGACCCCUAUAACCUCCUUGAGCACCGCUAAUAUGACCAUUCCUAAUUACCCGCUAUUAUUCCUAACUGCCGACUGGCACUGCCACGGAUCAGAACGGCAAAAACAUGAUAAACUGUCGGCGGGACGUCUACCGUCUUUGUAGCCGAGUAAGUAGUUAAGUGUCCAAUAAAGAAGCCCUCGCUCGCAUCCCGUACCCCGACGGUGAUCUCCUGACCGAGAGUCAGACUCUGACGACAGGAGGGGGACUCGUCCCAAGCCGGUGGCUGCAUGUGAACGAGGGUGUGUGUGGGGAGGGGGGUGAAUCCAGAGGACAACGCUGAACAGUCGCGGAUUCGCUUCUUUUAAAAUCUUCGCUCCCGUCGGCACGGGAAUGGCGGAGCGACCGGCCACGGCAUCAACUGGAGGACGUCUCCACUUUCUCUCUCUCUCUCUAUCGCUCUGUGUGAUUGGAUUUGUGCCACAUUCUGCAUCGACAUGCAGCUCGCGUGCUUUGUAAGGCAUCUGAUUUGCAAGGCUCGUAGGUGUUAAAUGCGAGUAAUUAUAAAAUUACAUUUAGGUCUAUGGGAGCACUUAGAUUAAAAAUGUCUUUUAAAAAACAAAAUGCGAACAUUUGUGUCAGAUAAUUAUGCAAAGUUAUCAGUACAAUAAUAUACCUUGUCAACAUAAAUUAUCAUCGGGCGCUAUAGUUUUUUUUAAAUGAUCAGUUGCUAUUUUUGGACAUGUGUUGAGGUUUGAGUCCAAGAAUUAGAAAAAAUAACCAAAAUCUGCCAAUCAGAUGAGCUUACCUCCUGUGUUGAUCUGUCUUUGUUCUAAAGCGUCGUUAUAAUCCGCAGACAGGCAAUGAGAAAGGGCCUGUUUCUUUGACGGGAACACGCAAGUGUUGUUGAUUUACCAAAGUGAGAACGCUUUGAGUUUCCGUGUUACGCAUGCAUGCUCGCAUUCGUAUAUUGUACUGUGUGCAAGCCCACGGUUACAGACACUUGCGAGUUGGUUCAACAUAGACUGCAAUUGAAAGGAAUCUUCCUAGAAUUUACAGAAGUUGAUGUUACUACCUGGUGCAGACUUUCGGGUGAGGUCUCAAUGAAAUGUUGUUUAUAUUGUUUUGCACUGUUCGACCUUACGCAUUCGUUUUUUUCCACGACACAUUUUCUGACGCUUGCCUUAACUUACGUUGCUGUAUGCACUUUGUAGCGGAACUUUCAUGUGUGUCGUCAUCGUCAUUCGUUAGCACCACCCGUCACUUACUCCAUGCUCUGGUUUAGCAAGCAGUUGCAAUUUGAUUGAUUGUCACGGAUCUGAUCGCCGCUGUUCAGUAACACAUUUUAACAUCAUCAUCAUCAUCAUCGUCGUCGUCGCUGUUGCCAGUGCAUGAGUGGCCUGUGGUCGUCACAAUUGCGACCGUGUCCAUUGCCAUCGUCUGUCGGCCACCUCGCUGCUUCUCUCGUCAUUAUAAAUGUGACCGAGUAGUGGGAUUUGCGUGGUAGGACCUGCAAAAGUUACGCGUUCGGAACGGGAGGGAUGUCUUUUAAACUGUCAAAAGCAUAUUGAUAUCAGUGCGGCCAGCAACCAUAUAUCAAGGAAUAAAUAAAUCUGUCUCCGUGUUAGUAAUUGACUCGGGUGUACUGGACAUUGCACAUCUGGACGGUGAAGCAAAGUGAUUCAUUGUUUUUAGGCGUAAACAAAGCAUGCUUGCCCUGUGCAGUACACCGAGAUAUGGAUAAACAGUACACGUACACACAUAUACAUAUAUAUAUAUAUCUCACACAUACACGGUAUAUAUAUUUUUCUGUUGCGUAGUGUGUGAGUGGAUUCCUCGUUAUAACCUCGUGUGUCUCCUAUAGUCGAUGUGCAUCCACCCGGGCGGGAGGGCGUGCGUGCGUGCGCGCUGCCUGGCUCUGCAAGCCGCCGUUGUGUGAGCUUGUACGAUUGUGCGUGUUCGCCUGUAGAUGUGACAGUGUGUGACGUGCACAUUGCGUUACAAUAAAAAAUUAA